GCUUUCUACUGGAACAUGCUGCUCCCUUCUCUGCUUUUUUGACAGACAGCUUUGGGCGUCAGCACAACUACUUGCGAAUUUCUUUGACUGAGAAAUGCAACCUCAGGUGUCAGUAUUGUAUGCCAGAGGAAGGUGUUCAGCUGACCCCUAAAUCAGAGCUCCUCACUACUCAGGAGAUAAUCACCCUAGCCAGACUGUUUGUAAAAGAAGGUGUGGAGAAAAUCCGACUGACUGGAGGAGAGCCACUUAUCCGACCCGAUGUAGUUGAUAUUGUGGGUCAACUGUACAAGCUAGAAGGGCUGAAAACCAUUGCUGUCACAACCAAUGGGAUCAACUUAGCCAGAUUGCUGCCCCGACUGAAGGAGGCAGGACUGAAUGCCAUUAACAUUAGCCUGGAUACUUUGGUCCCAGCUAAAUUUGAGUUCAUUGUCCGGAGGAAAGGCUUUCACAAGGUAAUGGAAGGAAUCCACAAAGCCACUGAACUUGGCUACCGUCCUGUUAAGGUGAACUGUGUGGUGAUGCGAGGCUUCAAUGAGGAUGAACUGCUGGGCUUUGUGGAUUUCACAAAGGAUCUGCCCCUUGAUGUGCGGUUCAUAGAAUACAUGCCCUUUGAUGGCAACAAAUGGAACUUCAAGAAGAUGGUGAGCUACAAAGAAAUGCUUGAUACAAUUAAACAGCGAUGGCCUGAAUUGGAGAAAUUGCCCUGUGAAACUUCCAGCACAGCCAAGAGUUAUAAGGUGCCACAUUUCCAGGGACAAAUCAGCUUUAUCACCUCCAUGUCGGAGCACUUCUGCGGAUCCUGCAAUCGGCUGAGGAUAACAGCAGAUGGGAACCUAAAGGUGUGCCUUUUCGGGAAUUCAGAAGUGUCCUUGAGAGAUCACCUACGGUCAGGUGCCUCAGAGGAAGAGCUGGUUCAAAUCAUUGGAGCAGCAGUGGGCAGAAAAAAGAAACAGCAUGCUGGCAUGUUUAAUAUUUCCCAGAUGAAAAACCGGCCAAUGAUCCUGAUUGAGCCUGCAUUGAUGUCAUUCCCACUAUGCCAAGAUGCCCUACAGAAUCCCCCAAAUUCAAAACAGUGGGGCCACACAUUUAGCCAUUGGCUAACUUUGAGAGCAAGUUUACCCAAACAAAUGGGAAAAGCACUAACAAACAAUAAGCUUACAGGACAACUUUCCCUGCCAGGAUCUCAUCCAGAGCAACAGUGGCACAUAACGACAGGAAUUCUACAAACCCAGCUCAGAGGCUGCUGUGUCUUCCAGAAGCACCCAAGCUCCACAUCUGACACAAAGUGCCUUGAGGCUUCUCCUGUUGGCCAACUUUCUGUGGCCUGUCAGUCCGAAGAGGCAAGUCCAGAAUCUGAAUUCUGUACCAGGGAUUCAGGAUCUCACACCAAGGUACCUUGUGCCUCUGACAACUUGACUCACACCGAUGAGGAAGGACGGGCCACAAUGGUUAAUGUUGGAGGGAAGCCAGAUUCGAGAAGAAGUGCUGUUGCUGCUGCUGUGGUCCGCCUGGGUGAGAAGGCAUUUGGGAUGGUGAGGCAGAACCAGGUGAAGAAAGGGGAUGUGCUGGCAGUAGCCCAGAUUGCAGGAAUUCAGGGAGCCAAGCUAACCAGCCAGUUGAUCCCGUUGUGUCACAACAUCCCCCUCAACCAUGUUGAGGUGUCUCUGAGCCUGGAUGAGACCAGAUAUGCAGUGGUGAUUCGCAGUUCCUGUCAGACCUGGGGGAGGACAGGCGUGGAGAUGGAAGCUCUAACAGCUGCCAGCCUGGCUGCCCUGACUGUGUAUGACAUGUGCAAAGCAGUUACUCAUGACAUUGUGAUCGAAGAGGUGAAGUUGCUUAGUAAGACAGGUGGGCAGAGGGGAGACUUCUCAAGGGUCUAG